GAGGGAAGUUAACCUCGCUGCCGCUCCGGCUCCUCGGGGGCGGCGGCUCCUCGGUCUCCCGCUAAUAGGGAGACUGCACCAUGGGAGACGAGAUGGAUGCGCUGAUACCCGAACGAGAGAUGAAGGAUUUUCAGUUUAGGGCACUGAAGAAAGUUCGAGUCUUUGAUGCCCCUGAAGAGCUGUCCAAAGACCGUUGCAGUAUGCUUGCUGUGUCUAAUAAGUAUGGUUUGGUGUUUGCUGGAGGAGCCACUGGGUUUCGCGUUUUCCCUACCAAAAAUCUUCUUAUUCAGAAUCGACCUGGGGAAGAUCCUAAUAAAAUUGUUGAGAAAGUUCCAAAUAUAUUUAUCCCUAUGAAAUUUCCUGUAUACCACUUGGCUUUGAGCUGUGAUAAUCUGACACUCUCUGUGUGUAUGGUGUCCAGUGAAUUUGGCCUCAUUGCUUUUUUUGAUGUUCGUACAUUCUCAAAUGAGGCUAAACAGCAGAAACGCCCAUUUGCUUAUCAUAAACUGACGAAAGAUGCUGGUGGUGUGGUUGUCGAUAUGAAGUGGAAUCCUACUGUCCCCACCAUGGCAGCAGUUUGUCUGGCUGAUGGAAGUAUCGCAGUUUUACAAGUCACAGAUGCGGUGAAAGUAUCCGCAAGCCUUCCACCAUCUGUGGCUGUAACAUCUGUAUGUUGGAGUCCUAAAGGAAAGCAGCUUGCUGUAGGAAAACAUAAUGGAACUGUGAUCCAAUAUCUCCCUACAUUGCAGGAGAAAAAAGUAAUUCCUUGCCCUCCAUUUUAUGAAGCAGAUCAUCCUGUAAGAGUUCUCGAUGUGCUGUGGAUUGGUACAUAUGUCUUCUCAAUAGUGUAUGCAGCAGCAGAUGGGACCUUGGAAACUUCCCCAGAUGUGGUGAUGACUGUACUACCUGUCCCACUUAGUAUCAAACCCUUCCUUAUAACAAAGAAAAAAAUAGUUAAGCAAAAACAACCAGUAGAGUUGGCCACCUCUGACAGUAGGUGCAACAUUCUGCCUCUGUGGUUCUCCAUCUCUUUGCCAAAAGGGAAGAAGAAAAAAGAAGAUAAGCACCCUGAGAUAUUUGUGAAUUUCAUGGAGCCAUGCUAUGGCAGCUGCACUGAAAGACAGCAUCAUUACUAUCUUAAUUAUAUUGAGGAAUGGGAUCUAGUACUAGCAGCCUCUGCAGCCUCAACUGAAGUCAGCAUCCUUGCCCGACAAAAUGAUCAGACUAACUGGGAAUCCUGGCUUCUGGAAGACUCUAGCCGAGCAGAACUGCCUGUUACUGAUAAGAGUGAUGAUUCCCUGCCUGUGGGUGUUGCUAUAGACUAUACCAGCCAAGUAGAAAUACCCAUCAAUGACGAAAAGACUCUUCCUCCUGCUCCAGUUCUGAUGUUACUUUCAACAGAUGGGGUACUUUGUCCAUUUUAUAUGAUCAAUCAAAAUCCUGGUCUCAGGUCUUUGAUUAAGACUCCAGAACAACUUACUAUAGAAGGAGAACGACAACCCAAAUCAUCAGGAAGUACUCCCACAACCCCAACGUCCACUCAAGCCCCUUUGAAGCUUGAAACAUCACCAGCUCUGGCUCCAGCUUCAGCUCCAGUUCCAGCUCCAGCUCCAGUUUCUGCCCCACCUUUAAACCUUGCCACGUCAACUGCUGCUUUCAUUUUGCCUACAGUCACUCUCCCUACUGCCACCUUCCCAUUUGGCUCUUCAUCCUUGAAAUCAUCCAGUUUGAUGUCAGGGGAUCCUCCUCCUUAUCCCUUUUCCUCAGAUAGCUCCAAACCAACCCUAACCUCUGCUGUAACUAGUGCACCAGCCUUCUCUUUUACACCUCCUUCUAAGACUCCCCUAUCCUCAGCCCCGUCCCUAGCUCCCAUGACUACCUCUGCAUCUUCCUUCUAUUUUGGAUCACCUGCUUUUAAACCUGCAGUGGAAAAUACUCCAGUGGCUAGCAUGUCUACUCCACACAUAGGGGCAAAGACAUCUUUCCCACCUACAACUUCUGCAGCCAAAGUAAACCUAAAUGAAAAGUUUCCUGCUGGGGAGUCAUCUACACCCAUUAGUAGUUCACAAAGCAACUCUUCAGUGUUGUCAUUUUCCUCAGCUUCCAAAUCGGCUUCUGCUGGCCCUGUCAGUCACUCCACACCUCUCUCAUCUUCAUCUAGCUCAGUCUCAGCAAAGUCAUCAGUAUCUCCAUCUGUUUCAGGGCGCUCUUCCCAGAGCAGUCCAGUAUCCUCAAUGGUGCAGAAAUCGGCCAGAAUCACUGCUCCAGUGGCAAAGUCAAGUACUACUCAGGCCAAAUCACCACAAUCUGCCGUUGGGGUAGAAAAGCAACAGCAUCAGUGGAAAGAUUCAGAUCCUGUGAUGGCUGGAAUCAGUGAAGAGAUUGCACAUUUCCAAAAGGAGAUGGAAGAGCUAAAAGCCCGAACUUCCAAAGCCUGUUUCCAAGUUGGCACCCCUGAGGAGAUGAAGAUGCUACGGACAGAAUCAGAAGACUUACAUACCUUUCUCCUGGAGAUUAAAGAAACAACAGAGUCUCUUCAUGGAGAUAUUAGCACCCUGAAGACCACCUUACUAGAGGGUUUUGCAGGGGUUGAAGAGGCAAGAGAACAGAAUGAAAGAAAUCAUGACUCUGGAUAUCUUCAUUUACUCUAUAAAAGACCACUGGAUCCUAAGAGUGAAGCUCAGCUUCAGGAAAUUCGUCGUCUUCAUCAAUAUGUAAAAUUUGCAGUCCAAGAUGUGAAUGAUGUUCUAGAUCUGGAGUGGGACAGACAUCUGGAAGAAAAGAAGAAACAAAAGCGUCUGCUUGUUCCAGAGCGAGAGACACUAUUUAACACUCUUGCCAACAACCGGGAGAUAAUCAACCAGCAGAGGAAGAGGUUGAAUCAUCUGGUAGACAGUUUACAGCAGCUCCGACUUUAUAAUCAAACCUCUCAGUGGAGCAUACCCAAUGAAAGCCCUUCUCAGAGCAGUACUCAGAGCUUUGACAAUGACCUUGAAAGCUUGCGCAAUGCUCUAAUGAAAACCACCAUUGAAUCUCACACCAAGCCACUACCCAAAAUACCAGCUAAAUUGUCCCCUGUGAAACAGGCACAGCUGAGGAAUUUUUUGGCCAAAAGGAAAACCCCACCAAUAAGAUCUACUGCACCAGCCAGUCUUUCCCGAUCGGCCUUCCUAUCUCAGAGAUAUUAUGAAGAUUUGGAUGAAGUAAGCUCCACAUCUUCCAUUUCCCAGUCUCUGGAGAAUGAUGAACCACAGAUUUUAUAUGAGGAUGCAGUAGCCCAAGUAGUCCAUCGACAUGCUCCAGUGGUUCGCACUUCUUCUGUUCAGCCGACCCUUUUGUCUCAAGCUCCUCCUUUCGCAAAAAGUCAUCUGCCACUCAGCUCCUCUCCUAGUCUGGUAGGGAGUUUAAUGUCUACAUCUACCAGCAAAAUUGUUCCACAAGGGGCUGACAGCACAAUGCUUGCAACCAAAACUGUGAAACAUGGAGCACCAAGUCCUUCUGUUACCAUCUCAGCCCCACAAGCAGCUGCUGCUGCUGCUCUAAGACGACAAAUGGCCAUUCAGGUUCCAGCUGUGAACACCUCCUUGACAGAAUCAACUCUGAAAAAUGUCCCUCAAGUCGUCAAUGUGCAGGAAUUGACAAACAGUUCCCCAAUUCCCACUGCAGCAUUAGGGUCACCAGUACCACAGUCAGCAGCCAAAACAACCCUUCAAUUGUUUGCUACAGUGGCUGCCAGUCAACCUAAGCAGGGAUCUCUCAUAAAUUCAGUCAAGACACAGUCUCCACCUGGUCCUCCACAGAUACCAGCAAUGGUCACAUCUAGUCAACUUUCAGCUGGUGACAAAGUCUCAGGACCAGGGACAACCAAGAUGGAAGCAACUGUGACUUCGACUUCAUCGACAGCUGGACCAUUCAACAAACCAUUUUCAUUCUCUUCAUCAGGGACUGGCUUCAAUUUUGGAGCAAUAACAUCAGCACCACCUUCUAACUUCAGUGUCUCACAAGUGACAGCAGCCACAGCUAAAGAGCUGAACCUAUAUGAUACAUUCUCAUUUAAUUCGGGAAUCUUGCAAACAGCCAGCACCACUGGAGCAGCAUUCAGCUCUUCUGGAGACGUGGCCCCAUCUAAUAAACCAGCGGCACCAGCAGCUACUGUGGCAGCCACUUCCAUAACAUCCAACAAGCCUGAUGCACCUUCCCUAAAGUUGGGCGAGCAUCUGUUUCCAAAUUCCUUGGCUGGAGAAACAUUAGGCAGUUUCUCAGGACUGAGGGUUGGCCAGGCAGAUGAUAAUGCAAAAACCUCCAGUAAGACUUCAUCCAUAAACUUACCUAGUGUACAGCCUGCCAAGAUGUCAACCAUAGCUUCAGAAUUUAGCUUCAGCAAUUCCCCUCUCCUAGGGAAGCCCACAGAUGCUCCCAUUACCUCAACCAUGACCACCACAACAGUAACAACGUCGGCCAGCACGGGCCCUAGUAGCUCUGUUGGUAGUUUAUUUGGUGGCCUCCAGCUCACCAGCUCAGGAGCCUCAGGGGCUCUGAAUCUCGGUGGGACCUCUUUGAGUGGCAACAAGUCCACCUUUUCAUUUGGACAGACUAGCAGUACAAUGCCCCUUCCUUCAACAACACCUGCUCCAUCCACUGCCCCACCUGCCACCCUCCCUGUGUCAGCAUCCCCAUUGUCAUUCAGUAAUCUCUUGAGUUCCCCUUCUGCUCCUGCCCUUCCUGGGUCUCCUAGCAAAAGUACGGGAGAUGCCAAGCCGUUGGUCUCUUUGUCAGAGAAGCCAGGGGACAGCGAGGUGCCAGACUCUGCCAUCCCUGCACUUGCUGAGCAGCAGCAGCAGCCGUUGGAGCAGCCACCAGCCCCAGGGGCACCUCUGGAGAUGGUCAAAAAGGAGCCUGCUCUCCCACCGCCUGUGGGAGAGGACUCCGAUGCCUCUGCAGCCAGCGAAACUAGUGCUGGCCCAGGGGCACCUUCCACAGAAGCCAGUGGAGCAGCCGCAGGUGUUGCUGAAGCCAAAGUGAAGUCCGAGGCCUCUUCUCUGUCCACCUUGUCAGUGCCUGAACAAAAUGAAGCAACAGCAGCCUCUGCUUCCAGUGUGACCCAGGGGACAGCGGCACCCCCCAGUGCUCCACCCCCCUCUAACAGUGUGGCUUCUCUAACCCCAACCCCAACUGGGUUUGGGGCUGCUGCUGCAGGCGCCUCUGUGUUCUCACCAACUCCUACCACCAGCUCCACGGGUUCUGCUUUCAGUCAGCCAGCCAGUGAGGCCGCCCCUGCCCCUUCUGCAACCUCUGUGUUUGGACAGUUGGCUGCCACCUCGGCACCUUCCCUGUUUGGGCAGCAGACAGGCACUACUGCCACCACCACAACAGCCACUCCCCAGGUUUCCAGCCCAGGGUUUGGGAGUCCUGCUUUUGGCACCCCUCCCACCGGGGGCUUUGGGCAAGCGGCGUUUGGACAGGCACCUGCCUUUGGGCAGCCAGCAAGCAGCUCCACAAGUGGGUUUUCAUUUAAUCAGACUGGUUUUGGCUCAGUCCCUGCCUUUGGGCAACCUGCUUCUUCUACUACAGCAGUGAGCAGCGGAAAUGUCUUUGGUGCUUCCUCUAGCACCAACAGUGCUAGUUCCUUCUCUUUUGGACAGUCUUCUGCCAGUACUGGUGGCAGUCUUUUUGGACAGAGCAACCCCCCAAGCUUUGGGCAGAGCACAGGCUUUGGCCAAGCGGGCUCUGUGUUUGGUGGCGCUGCAGCCACUACGACUGCCUCAUCUUCAGGCUUCAGCUUUUGCCAGGCUUCAGGUUUUGGUUCCAGCAAUACAGGUUCUGUGUUUGGUCAAGCAGCAGGGACUGGAAGCACAGUCUUUGGCCAGCAGUCUUCUUCCAGUGGCGGUUUGUUUGGGUCUGGAAGCACUGGAAGAGGUGGGGGUUUCUUCAGUGGCCUUGGAGGAAAACCUAGUCAGGAUGCCGCCAACAAAAACCCAUUCAGCUCAGCCAGUGGGGGAUUCGGAUCUGCAGCCACCCCAAAUACUUCUAACCUUUUUGGAAACAGUGGGGCCAAAACCUUUGGUGGAUUCUCUGGCUCAUCAUUUGGAGAUCAAAAGCCUGCAGGCACCUUCAGUUCUGGAGGAGGGAGUGUAGCAGCACAAGGUUUUGGAUUCUCUAGUCCAACCAAAGCAGGUGGCUUUGGUGCUGCUCCAGUGUUUGGCAGCCCUCCUACUUUUGGGGGAUCCCCUGGGUUUGGAGGGGUGCCAGCAUUCGGUUCAGCCCCAGCCUUUACAAGCCCUCUGGGCUCGACGGGAGGCAAAGUGUUCGGAGAGGGGACUGCAGCUGCCAGCGCUGGAGGAUUUGGGUUUGGUAGCAGUAACAAUACCACAUCAUUUGGCACCCUUGCGAGUCAAAAUGCGCCCACCUUUGGGUCAUUGUCCCAACAGACUCCUGGUUUUGGGACACAAAGCAGUGGAUUCUCUGGUUUUGGAUCAAGUGGAGGAGGAUUUGGCUUUGGAUCAUCCAACACGUCGACCCCAGGGUUUGGUGGAUGGAGAAGCUGAAGGGAUCCUGGCGUUUUUUCUGUUCCUGGGACUGACUGCAUGCUCACUCACCUCCUUCUCAGACACAAGUCUUGUACCAACUGUGUAAAAGGCACAUGCUCCCCCUUUUUUUAAACUGAAGAUGCUGAAUGCUUAUUUUUUAUUUUUUUUUCCUCUCUAUUAAACUAUUUGGCCUCUUUCUGCACAGAAUGUGUGAGGGUUAUUUACAGUCUCUAGUCAGGAAAAAAAGAUUUCUGCCGGACUGGAGAAAUUCACACAGCCUCAGGUCAACUUGAGGGAUGAUCAGAACAUGUGCCCUCCCAAGUGCCCCCAGGGUACCUUCAUGUUGAAAAAAGGAGAAACUGGGGGCAGCUAGUUGGCACAGUGGAUAGAGCAGCAGCCCUGAAGUCAGGAGGAUCUGAGUUCAAAUGUGGCCUCAGACACUUAACACUUCCUAGCUGUGUGACCCUGGGAAAGUCAUUCAACCCCAAUUGCCUCGGCCAAAAAAAAAAAAAAGAAAGAAAGAAAGAAGGAGAAACUCAUUUUCAACUAAAAAUAAACAUCAGAACUGAUGCAGAUGUAGCAGUAUCUUUAAAUAAAGUUAGGUGAGGAGCAAACACUUGGUUCAUCUGCCUUUCCUCAGUGAAACAUUAUAGUAAUAUCCUACUAGUGCUUUGUUUCUUUCUUGGUUUAUGUAUUUGAAAUCCUUAGAGAGAGUUCCAUAAAGGAUGGCGAUUCCCCCUCCAGACUCCAUAUCUCCUUCCUCCUAUCUCAGACUCAUUAGUUUUUUCUUCCCUCCCACUUGACUGUUGACAUCACAAACAUGUAGUAGGUGAGUCCCAUUUUUAGAUGGCCAGUCAUUCAUUCCCCAGAGAUUUGUGUCAAGUUGGGGGAACAUGAAGAAUUAAAUUGCUUCAUUGCUUCAUUUAUGUUACUUUUUGAAAAAAGGCUGUGGCCCAUUUGUCUUAUACUAUUGACCUCCAGCAAUCUCCACUGGGCUCAGGCAGGAUCUGGGACACUGUGUGUUUCCAUUCCUAUCUCUUCUUCAACUUGGAGGAACCAGUUAAUUGAAAGGCCAGCAUUUAUCUCCAUGAUUCAUUGACCUUGGUAGCUACUCUUAACAAACCUCGAGGACCACUGUGCCAGAUGGGUGUCCUUGGAUAGAGAAACUAGAAUUGAGAAUUCUAGACAACUUCACAUAUAUUAACUACCCUUUCUACAGAACUGAGGAACUGAAGUAGACAAAGGUAGUAAGAGUAAUCCUUUCUUAAUCUUCAGAGGAAGUUCUGUGCAAGCAUGAAUAUGAUCUUUUAAGUCCUCUUCCUGAUCUAAUAAUCAUUCUUUGAACGGCCUAUUUGUGCUAGAAUUGUAUCUGAUGGUGUCUUGGAUCAUAAUUUUAUUUUAUGGAAGAGUUUGUUUCCCACACUAGAAUAUUUUUCAGGCAGGCCUGGAUAUUUUAAUUUCAGUUUCCCAGGCUCUUAUACAUGUGUUGUUUUAUCAGACUCCUCCAGAAUUCUUGUGGGGAGGGGAUGGGUAAGAGUGGCAAGAGAUGCCAAAGGGGAAGAGGUGAAGAAGAUUCCCUGUGGGCAUUCAGUCUGAGAAGGUUGUGCCAUUAGACUAGAGAAAAAGAAAUCCAUGAGUGUCUUACAUGUUAGUGGAAAACUGUUUUAAAGUAUGUGAAUAAAAAUGUUUUAUGACAUUAAAUGGUAACCUUGCAGCCAAUACUAUCAUCUUGAUUCUUUCAACUCAGCAGAGGAAAUGGAAUGUAAUGAAGGUUCAACAAGAACAAUCUGACUUGCUAAAGAGAGUAGGAGUUUUAUGCACCCUAGCCUGGCAUCCUUGAGUUUCAGAAGGCUUCCUUCCGCUUCCCUCCCUACACCAGUUGUCACCACAGUCUUAUGUGUUUGUGGUUGAUUAUCUGUCAUCCUUGAUAACCCAUGGUUUAGGGACUCUCCAUCCUUUUGUUUUCAUUAGGAAGCCAGCUUCUUUUUAGGAAUUUAGAAUUUGAAGCCUGUCAUCUACUUUUUCAUAUUCUGUUUUGAAGAAUUAUCCCAUUUCUUUAUACUCAUAUGCAAGUGCUGAAGUGGAUUGUUUAUGAUAUUAGCUAGAGGGACGGAUGUUUCAUCUUCAGGUUUGGACAUGUUCCACCUUACAAAACCCAUAAGAGCCCCUGUCUCCAAGCUGUGUAGUGAAAAGGCCUUUCAUCGUGCAUCUUGGUGGGAACAGUUUUUUUUUUUUUUUUUAAUAAGAAGGGGGGAAAAAAGAACCAAGGGCUUUUCUGCUUGUCAUUCUUCCCACUGAUGUCCCCUCAAAGCCAGGCUACUUGCCCAUUUGUUCACUUACCCCUCCUAUCCCCCCCACCUCACACCCUCCAAAGAUCUUAUUUAUAAAUAGAAGCUGCUUUGGCCCAACCCCUGACCUCACAUUCUUUAUGUUAAUCCUCCACCUCGGGGGCAUGUGACACCUCCCCACAGGGCCCUAUCAUCUGUACUCUCACAGAUAAUUCCUGAUCUAUUUGCUGCCAAGCCAGGGAGCACUAAAAGAAUGUACCACUGGGAUGUUUCUUUUUUGGGGAUUGAUAAGAAUGAUGCGAUGGGGGUAGGAGAGGAAUGGAGGAUCCUACCUCCGAGGACAUAACUGCAUUCACUUCUAGAAUACAAUCCUCAGGAUGCUUGGGAAUAGGAAGGAGUGAAAGAGAGGUAAGAAUCUAGAAGGCCUGAGUUCAAAUCCAGCCCCAGAUAUUUACUAGCCAGGUAACCUUGGUCAAGUCAGUUAAUUUCUAUUUACCCCAGUUUCCUCACACUGUGGGGGUGAUCAAAGCAGCCUUCUCAAAGGGUGUUUGUGAGGACAAAUGAGAUAGUUAAAAAGUUUAGCACAGGACUUGGCAUAUUGUAAGCAUCAUAUACAUGUUAACUAUAAUUAUUAUUAUUAUCUAGGCCAGUAGUCCCUCUGAAUGGUUGGGGGAUUGUUAUAGAUGACCAGGAAGAAGGAAUCAGUAAAAUUCUACAUAGGAAAAAGCUACUUUUCUGACUUAAGGGAAAUGGCCUGUCACCUGGAAUCCUACUUGCUAUUUGUAAUUGAGGAUAGUUCUGAAUGUUAUUGAAGCAUAUUUAAUCCACUCUCACAGGUAGGCCUAAUCCAAUAUGUCUGACACAGUUACAAGUUCUGGCUGGAUAGGUACUUGUGAACAAUUACUUAGUUUAUCUUAACUGUAUAGUUCAAGAUGGAGAUUGGGGGAAGGGAAGUGUUUUAAGAUCUGGGAAGUGCCUCGAACUACUUUGCCACAAUGAUGUAAAUACUUGAUUUUUUUUUUUUUAAGCUGUACCACUUUGAGUGGUUGUCUCAGAUGGCAGCAUAGUGAUAUAUGAAGUGAGCCUGGCUCAUUCUCAUUUCUCCAGGACAGGUGUCCAUAUAUAACAGAGAAACUCUCUUAAUCUCUUGGCUCCCAGUCUGGAGAAGAGGAAAAAUGCACUUGAAUAUUUUCUUGUUUUAUGAGACUCCAAAGAGAGCUAUGAGGUCCUGUCUAGUCUCAGUGCCUUAUAGGGGCAGCUGCUUUAUUAUAUAUCUGGUAACACAUUAACUCAGUUUCCAUUUCUUUAUCUGCAAUCCCCAGGAGACCCAAAAUAGUUCACACCUUUCAAGUAUUUGUUCUGCUUCCAACCUCCAUGCUUCCUUUUGGAAUUUCCUCCUUCCUGAGAGUUUUUUCCUCCACACAAUCAUUCACAUGUUUUUAUGUGAUGGUCUACUCCAGCAAGGUGAUGCAGAUACAGAUACAAAGGAUGAAUUAGUCCCUAUUCUUUUUAUUAUUGGAUUGUUUUUUUUGUUUGGUUGGUUUUUUUGUUGCCAAGGCACUUGGGGUUAAGUGACUUGCCCAGGGUCACACAGAUAGGAAGUGUUAAGUGUCUGAGACCAGAUUUGAACUCAGAUCUUCCUGACUUCAGGGCUGGUACUCUAUUUCCUGCGCCACCCAGCUGCCCCAGUAGUCCCUCUUCUCAAGGUGCUUACAUUCUUAUGGGAGAGACAAGACUGUAUAAAUACAUGCAGGGCAAAUGGGAAGAGUAAAUAGAAGUUUAUUAGGAAAAUGCUUCAUUGAUGGACUUAAUUAUUGACAUUUGUGCUGUCUAAGGACCAAUUUAGCUUUAGAGAAGCUCAUUAAUCAAUCACCAAACAGUUAUAAAGCUCUUACUUUGUGCCAGAUACUAUACUAAAUGUUAGGGACACAAGGUUCAUUUCCAGAUAAUUGGCUACCAGGUGCUUUUUCUUUGGGUACAGAAGUUUAGUGAGAUGAUGCAAAGAUUAUGAUUUACAUCAGAGGGAUGCAGAUUUCACAACCUGAAAUUGUUGUUACAACUCAGUAAAUAUUAAGCACCACUAUAUGCCGGGCACUACACUAAACCCUGGAAAUACAGAAAGAGGCAAAAGGCAGUGCCUGCCCUCAAGAUUCUCACAACCUAAGGGAGGGAGACAUUAAGCAAACACAUAAUUCCAACAAGCUAUCUUUAGGAUGAAUAGGGGGGAAAAUUGUUAAUAUUAUGAAAGAUAACUAAAUGUAAAUAGCAAAUAUGUAGGUGAGUCACAUUUUCCACCUAGCAGUCAGUCCCUAUCUCCUCCAUGACCACCCACUUAUGGGUACUGAACCACUCUAGAUGUUUAUUUAAGUCAAUCCUAGAUAAAGGAUCUUUUGUGAACUUUUUACUUUGGGGAACACAGAAUGUAAAUUAAUUAGCAUUGCUCUAAUCUGUUCAUGAUGAUCAUAAUAACUGGCAUUUAUUUGGCACCUUUUGUAGAAUAUCUUUUUUCAUUUAUCUCAUUUGAUCCUCCUAAUAUCCUUGUGAGAUAGACACUGUUAAUGAUGAGGAAACUGAGGUUCAAUUAAGAGCAUUAUCUGGAGUCACACAAAGAUAGUGAAUGUCUUGAGGUGGGGACUGAACUCAAGUCUUCUGCCGCCACUUGCCCCAGAAUGUCAUUCCACCUUAAAGGAAGGGAGCUAUCAUCAUUGUUCUAACUAGACCAAGUUUUAUACAUCUUUGUACAUGGUGCAGUGGAUAGAGAGCCAGCCUUGGAGUCAGGAGUUUAAAUUCGGCAUCAGACACAUGUAUGAUCAUGGACAAGUCACUUCAUCCUGUUUGCUUCAGUUUCCUCAUCUGUAAGAUGAGCUGGAGAAGGAAGUGGCAAACUACUCUAGUAUCUUUGCCAGGAACAGACAAAACAAAAACAAACGGGGUCAUUUAGAGUUAGACAUGACAGAACAACAACAACAAAAUAUUAUUCAGACAGCUCCUAAAAACUGAACUUGGUGAAGCCUCCCCUGAUUAACCAUAGAAACUUCAGCAAAUGCCUUUAUUAUGUUUCUUCUUGGGCUAAUGUCUUUCCUUUUGUUAGGUAACAUGAUAAAUUCUUAGGUAGUAAGGGUCAAGUUUAUUCACUUCUUAAUAGCUUAUAUGCAAAUAUAGUUGUUUAUUAAGGGCUUUUAGACAAAGAUGGCCACAAGACUAGUGAAGUCACCUGGUCCCAGGCCCUUAGAUUGUCUGAACCAAUUUCUUUCCUUUGACAUCUCCUGCAGUCUGGCUUUUGAGACUUUCCAGAAUGCCACAGGAGGUCAGGUUCUGGGGCCUCAGGGCCACUCAGGCUGCAGUUGCUCUAUUGUUCGAGCUGAUGUCGCCUUAAAAAUAGAAACCCAUCCAUUCCACAGUCCUGGCCGGAGAUUCUCAGCAUUGUUUUCGACCCUUGAUGACCAGCUGCAAAGAGAGAGUUUUUGGAAGGGAGGAGGCAGCGGGCCAAACCAAAAUUAAUCUCUGGCCCCCAGGUCUCUCAUUCUGUUAGUUCCCUCCAAAGCGGACAUUUAAAACAGUUGCCUUGCAGACUGUGUGGGCCCUCAGCCUGUGGUGAUGCUGACAGAAAGCUUUUUCCAUUUAGGCCUCUAAGUCUUGACAAUCAUUUAGAGCUUACAGAACUGAAAGGUAGGUAGUUUAAUCCCCUUGUUUUACAGAUGAGGAGACUGAGGAUGGAGACAAGGGUGAUGUGCCCCAAGUCACACAACAGAUCAGAGUUGGAACUAGAAAUCAGACUUCUUUGGGUUCCAGGCCAGAGUUCUCAGCCCUCCCUGACUAGCUUUCUAGCUGCAGAUGCUGCUAAUGCAUUGACUUGGUCCCAAAAGCCAAUAUAGAGCAGCAGGUCUCUUUCCUAACCAUUUUUCUGCUGCUGUUUUGUGGUUCUCUACUUUUUUUGGCUCCUUUAUUUUAUCCUUAUCUCCACAUCCACAGAUAUAGCCCACACAGAACAGUAACAGUCUGCUUGUCUCCUUAUUUGAAUUGGGAGAGAGCACACAUUCAGCAGUUGGGACUGGUCCUCACACUCUUUUCUCUUGUUGCACAGCAACUUCCUCAGUUCCUCCAAUUGGGAAGCCAGCAUAGCUGGCUUUUGCUCACUUUUAACAGUACUUCUGAGUGACUCAGGAGCAACAAGGCCACCCAGAGGCCUACAUAAGGAGAGAACCAGCCCUUGCAAAGAGAAAACCCUUUGCCCCUGUUCCCUACCUCCUCUCCCCGCUUUGGACCAAGCUGAGGGAAGGUAUGCAGCAUCCCUGGGGAUAAGACAACUUGCCUCACUCUGUCCUCAGCACGGAGAUUUCAGACUAUUAAGGGAUGGGGAGUCUGCUUUUAGCUCAAGUCCUUGGCCUUACAGGAAGAGAACAGCUGAGUUCAUAGCUUGCCUUUCCAAAAGCCUCUCCCCAGCCCCACCCUUAGUAAUCUUCAUCCAGGAUCUCCAGCUGUUGCAGAAGGAAGGGGCAGGAAAGAAUUGCAUGCUGAAUUUUCCAUUUCUUCCAAGGUAGGAUCUGGCAGAAGGGAGUUAACUAUUGCUGAGUUAAUAGCAUCAACUAUCACCAACAAAUAUUCUCGAGUUUUCAGAGUUACUUUAGCUUUGGGGUUUUAUUUUUCUUUUAGGCUCCUGUAAUGCACACCAUCUACUAUUACUCCUAACCCUUCCCCCUCCCCCCCUUUUUUUAGACAGGGAACAGAAACUUAUCAGCUAUGUCAAAAGGUUCUACAUCUUUUCCCAGGGUAGCUUGAUGCACCUGCCUUCUAGCUCAGCCAGGCCUAGAUUAAGGAAAGCCAAAUUCAUUUUUUAAAACUCAAAUCAGUCACUUCAAACUGGAUUUAUAUCCUCCGUCCUCCUUGCCUCUUACAUCUGUGUUUUCACUUGUUCACUUGGCUUUAAGGAUUCUGUUGCCUGUGGUUCUGAGAGCUCUCUUUUCCUCUUGCUUGACUGCUCUUGGGGGCAGUUUAUUAAACACUUGAUCAGAAAAACUCAGACUAUCUUAUAGUUAGUAUUUGCUCUUUGGCUGUCAGGUCUGCAGAGAAAGGAAUGGAACAAGCAUCAAUAAGCAUCUACUUUGUGCCAGACACUCUGUUAAACUCUACAAACAUCUCAAUUUGGUCCUUAAACGUGAAGAUAUUAGUUGAAGAAAAUGAGGCAUCUAGACUAGAUUUGAACUCAGUUCUUCCUGAUUCCAGAUCCAAUGCUUUUUCUACUGUGCCAUCCAGCUGUCUAGUAGGGACUGAUGGUCAGCAUCAAAAAGUAUUAAUGUACUAUCCCUCUGACAUAGAUACUACCAUCCCAGUGUCAGGACUGCAAGAUCUUGGAGCUCCCUCUCCCAUAUUUCAGAGAGGCAAGAUAAUUCUGCAUUGAUUUAAUAAUGCCAUGGUUCCUCAGAAUUAGAAAUACUUUUUGUGGCUGUUGCACGGUGAGAAACCAGAAGGUCAGUAGCAGCGCUCUGUGAACUUGGAUGCAGGGUUAAAAAACGACUUCCAUCUUCCUUUAACUCAUUUUUGGUUUCCUUUGUAAUUUUCUGUAUUUUUUUUAUUACUACAUCUGAAACCAUUAGUCAGAAAGACUUCUAUAGACUUCAACUAAUUGUGAAGGACCCAAGGAAAGGUAAUAAUCCAUAGGAAGAUCAAAGAAUCACAAAAGCUGGAGAGCUGGAAAGAGACUUUGGUUCAGUUCCUUCUUUUAACAGAAUAUCAGUUAAGCCCAGAGUGUACAAAUGACUUGCCUCAUUUGUGACACAGUCAGGAUAAAAACUCAAGUUUUCUGACUUUGUUUUGUUUUUUGGGGGGCGGCAGUGUUCACACCUUUCCACCCCCAUUUCUCCAUCCCACAUAGACCUCUCCACCUCCAUUGCCUUUUACAUUAAUUGGAGAGAGCCACAAACUUCAAAGCAACUGAUUUUCCUUUCAGCUUAAUUCGUUCUGCAUUUGAAAAGCAAGUGUUCAUUCUCAUGGCCAAAUUGGGAAGCCUAGAGUGGGUGGAAGGAAGAGAACAAGGUGAUGUCAUUUACAGCUACCCAGAAUCCAGUUGAGUUUGUUAAAAAAGUUGGAAAAGUGAUGAGAUAAAACUUAUCUCAGCAGCUCACUAUAACAGGCUUCUCAUCUCUGAUUCCUUUGACAUGAAACCUAUUUAAUGCUGUAACUAUUUUGAUUGUUUGCUAAAUGCUUACCAUGAGCAUACAGACCUCCUAAACCUAUUUAGAUCAGCUGCCUAUUCAUGGACAAUCCGACUUAGGCCCUAUAGUGUUUUGAUGAUCCAUUUGUAAAUUUUUUAGACCUUCCAAAAUGUAUAUGGAUAAAUGAGCAUUUAUUAAGUACUGACUAUGUGGUUAAGUGCAAGGGCCAUGAAUCAAAAAAAUGACUCCUGUUUAUUUCCUGUUGAUGCCCACACCAGCUUUAAGAGGAGCCAGAGGACUGAAAUAAUGAUUGGAGAGAAGGCAAAAAAAAAAAAAAAAAAAACCUUGGACAGUUCAUUGUACCUCUGCUUCUAUCUACACCUGAACUUAAGGUCACCUAGACACUUCAGACUUUGAUGAGAUCUUGAGGCUCAUUAAUCCAAACCUUCCUUGUAGAGAUAAGGAAAACUCAUAUCUAUGAAAAGUGAAGUGACUUUCCCAACAUCACACAGCUAGAGCCAGAAACCAAUACCAAUAGGAGGAAUAACUGCCUAUUUAUUUCUAACAACCAAAGGAUAGGUCUCCACCUUGAUGCAGAAAGCACAGUACUAGCUCCAGUCAGAGGCCCCAACUUCAGUCCUACCUUUGGGAUAACUAACUGUGUUGUCUCUUAACCUCCUUGGGCCUGAGUUUCCUUAUCAGUAGUUUGAAGGGAUUGGACUUACAUGACUUUUAAAGAGCAACUUCCAAUUUAAGGUCUAUGAUCCAUAGACCUAAAUCUUUUUGGAGCUUUCUCUGAAAUGAUUUCAUACUGAAAUUAGAAGCUGACUUUGUCUCCUCCUCUCUGUGACAUUUUGUCUUGAAAGUAACUAUGACACUGUGGAAUAGCAACCUCCAUGCUAUCUCCCAACAUAGAACAGCAGCAAGAGCCUCCUGGUCUUCUUUUCAACUUUAAGAAUGUCUUUUUUUUUUCUUUCCCAUAUGAUCACCCAAUUGACACAUUAAAACCUUUAAUUUUAAUGUUUACAUGAUGCUUGACUUACCUACCCCACAACCAAGCUCAGCAGAAAGCCUUGCUUAUCAGAGCUACCCUAAGAUAUCUUCAAGAGGACUCAUUUUUAUUGCUAACAGCCAAACAUAGGGUCCAAAUUCACGAUUACAUCAAAAAUCUAGUGAUUUCCACCACUGACCUCCCAUGAGGCCUUCAGCCAGUGAACAUCAGGGAACAGGCUGAUCCAACUGCUAUCUGGACAUUUUAUUUUCAAUCUUAACUCAAGGCUUAAAAUACAACACAGUUGAUAAUAAAACCAAAUUUUUGAGUUUAAAAAAAUGAAAAAAAAAAAGAACAAUGAGAUAGGAAGCACGUGUGAAUUUAAAAAAAAAACUUUUAUUAGGGUUAAAAAAUAUUUAUGAAAUAAUGCAUUUUCAUCUUUAUCCCAAUGUCCAAACACUAUAUUUGAUUCUAUUCUGGACUUGACUUCAUAUAGACAUAAUCUAGGAAACAAUUCAUUCUUUGAACCUCCUAAGGCUGCAGCUGGUAUCAUAGCAUUUUAAACCCUAAAGACUUUAAAGCUUGAAGACUAUCUUAAUUCAGUCUCUAAGGAAAGUGAAGGACUGAACUAAGGUCUUACAGCUAGUCAUUGACUGAGCGUGGACUGGAGUCCAAAUAUCUCAAUUCCUAGUUGAGUAGGAGUUCUCACAACCACAUGCUGUCUGCCAGACAUCUGUAAACUGGACAUCAAUUCUGUAUUAUGUCUGGGAGUUUACAGGAUACCAGGCUUCUGAAUCCCUCAAGUUCUUUAGCCUAUUAAAAAACAAAAACAAAAAACAAUUUUAACUCACUUGCAAACUGAGAGAGUACUCCACACCCAUGUAAUUGUAGAAUGCAACUGUUGUGAUCUGGAUGGUACUGUUGUCAUUAAAAAAGAAAUUCUCUUACUUGCUGUUUAGGGGGAGGGAGUGGAGAGGAGGGAGGGAGAAAAUUUGGAACACAAGGUUUUGUAAGGGUGAAUGUUGAAAACUAUCUUGUAUGUAUUCUGAAAAUAAAAAAGAGUAAAAUAUAAAAAAAAAAAAAAAAAAAAAAAGGAAUCCUCAAGUUGUGAUGGAGAGCCACGAUCACAACAUGUAUUUGCACCUUUUUUGUUGUUGUUUGCUUGCUUUUUCUUUCUCAUUUUUUUUGAUCUGAUUUUUCUUGUGCAGCAUGAUAAAUGUGGAAAUAUGUAUAGAAGAAUUGUACAUGCUUAACUUAUAUUGGAUUGCUUGCUGUAUGGGGGGGUUAUUGAGUUAUAGGGGAGAAAAGCUUGAAACACGGUUUUGUGAGGGCGAAUGUUGAAAACUCUUUGCAUGUAUUUGAAAAAUAAAACUAUUAUUAACAAUAAAAGAAAUCCUCAGCACUAAAA